UCUCCGAGUGAAAAGCUUCAGCUUCAUUUUCCAGAAACGAACAAGCUCACGAAAAUCAUGAACUCCAAAACUACAGUGGCCGUGGUCAUUUUCUGCCUGGCCGUUGUUGCACUAUCUGAAGGGAUGUCUUUGAAAAGCAUUGGACUGGAGCUCCGUUGUCAGUGCAUUAAAAAAGAAUCCAGAUUCAUCCAUCCCAGGCAGAUCCGGAAUGUAGAGCUCUUCCCCAGUGGACCGCACUGCAAGGAUGCUGAAAUCAUUGCCACUUUGAAAUCUGGUGAUCAGAUUUGCUUGGAACCAACUGCCCGCUGGGUCAAGAUAGUUAUAAAGAAAAUAUUGGAAAGCUCCAAGGCCUGAAAUCCUGCCGUGGAAAUUUAGAGGAACAAACCUAAAGAGAAACUGAAGUUAAUCAAGGGUUGAUCUUUUUAACCACUUGUUUAUUUAUUAGUGUGUUUAUUUAUUUGCCAAUUUAGUUAACAAAUUGUAUUUAAUAUGUUAUUAGACUGAACAGUAGUCAUUCGACAUAUAGGGUAUGGAAGGAUUGUAUCAGAACACUCAGGAAUGGAUUUAAACUACAAACUCUGUUUGCUUAAUACAGUGUUUUUCAAGUUUUUGUUAAAUUCUGUUAAUUGUCUUGCAGUAUUACUCAGUGGGUUUUUAAUUUUUUUUAUAAAAAAUUGAAAACGUGAACAUGAUAUGUAAAUUGUACCUUUUUUAAAAAAAAAACUGCAAAUUGGUCAAAACAGUAUGAUGUAGUGUUAUUUAAACACUUAUUUAAUAUGUUGCAUUCGUUAUACGAAUGCACGUGUAUGGCAAACUGUCAUAUUUCUUUUGUUUGUUUGUCAAACUUGAUUAUUUUGUAAACUAUACAUAUAAUGUAUUAGUUCAUUGAAUUUAAUAUGUAUAUUUUGUAAUCUAAUUGUAAUAUUUAAUCUGUUAAAGUUAUUGUUUAUGUGUUGCCAGUAUGAAUGUGUUUAGUUUUGUCCAUGUUUUUUUUUAAUUAAUUUUUUUUUUUUACCUAUGUGUGAAACCUAAUUUUAAAGAUUCUGUGUCUCCAUCUUUUUAGUGUCUCAAUAACAAUUGUUAAAAAUAAAGAUUUAUAUUUGAAUAAUA